AUGAUUGAAGACCUCCUCGCAGGGACGACACUCAGUCUGGCCUCCCUGUGGCUUCUGGGAGUAUUCGUUGCAUUUUGCGUAUUCCGCAAGCUUCAAGCCUCAGCACAAAUCGCCCGUCUCGGUGUCAGAGCUCCCAAAAUCAGGUUCCGUCUCCCAUACGCUCUCGACUUCAUCUUCGAAGGCUAUCAAGCCAAUCAAGUGUACCGCGACUUAGAAUUCUGGGAUACAAAAGUCAGGCACGCAGGAGGCCUAACAAAUGCGAAGACAGCCGAGCUCGAUGCUGGGAUUUCCACCCGCAUGGUCCUCACCAAGGACCCAGAGAAUAUCAAGGCACUGCUCACUGGACAGUUUGCCGACUACGGUAAGGGUGAGUCUUUCCAUCGGGAUUGGAAAGAGUUCCUAGGCGACAGCAUCUUUGCUACCGACGGAGAACUAUGGUCUCGCUCCCGCCAACUCAUCCGUCCCAUGUUCGUGCGUGACCGCAUCGUCGACACAGAAAUAUUCGAGAAACAUGUUCAGAAACUCAUCCCGCUUCUCGGCGGCAGCGAUUCACCCAGCAGCAGCAAGGUAGUGGACGUCGGACCACUCUUCUUCCGGUAUACCCUCGAUGCAGCAACAGACUACCUGCUCGGCAAGGGUACAGAGAGUCUAGAUAACCCCGCAACACGGUUUGCCGAAGCAUUCAGAUAUGUGCAACAGCGUCAAUCGGAAUAUUUCCGUUUCGGAGUCUUUAGUCGUGUCAUGUCACGCACCGAAUUUCGCAAGAACCUCAAGAUAAUGGACGAGUUCCUCCAGCCCUACAUCCAAACUGUCCUCGCCCACUCAGCCGACGAUGAGAAGUUUGCAAAGCAGGAAACCUUCCUUGAUGCUCUAGCCAAGUUCACCCGCGACCCCCGUAUCCUCCGUGACCAACUCGUCGCCGUCCUCCUCGCAGGCCGUGACACCACAGCCGCGACACUAUCUUUCUGCCUCUUCGAGCUAUCACGAAACCCAGAAGUCGUCGUUAAGCUGCGCGACGAGAUCCGCGAUAGACUCGGCGUCAGCGCUAAUGCCCAGAAACCCAGCUACACCGAUCUCAAGGAAAUGAAGUAUCUCAACGCAGUGCUACACGAGACAAUGCGUUUAUAUCCAGUCGUGCCAUUCAAUGUCCGCUACUCUCUACACGAUACAACGCUCCCACGCGGCGGUGGGCCAGACGGGUUAGCGCCUGUGGGUGUACGCGCAAACUCGCGGGUCAUCUACUCGACGAUGCUGAUGCAGCGAGAUCCUGAUCUGUAUGAUGGCCCAGGAUCGGAGAACUACUUCAAUCCUGGGGAGUGGAUUCCUGAGCGAUGGGUUUCCGGCUGGCAGCCUAAGCCGUGGCAUUUUAUUCCGUUUAAUGGUGGACCGCGGAUUUGUAUCGGGCAGCAGUUUGCUACUAUUGAGAUGGGGUAUACUGUUAUUCGGAUAUUGCAGGCUUAUGAGCGCAUUAUUGCGCUGCCUAUUGGCGGGAAAGAUGAAGUUGAAGAUCCGGUGCUUCGGUUUGAAGUAACCCUCAGCCCUGGCUCCGAGUUGAAUUGCGUUUUCCUCAGGGAGGGUGAAGAGCCUGCGCGCAGCACCGCCAAGGCAGCUUGA